AUGUCUUUAAGACAUGAAAACGGAGCACAAUAUCCUGUUAUUGAUCUUGACCCACAUUUUACACGUGUAGUGAGAUACUUUCGACCUUCAGAUUAUCUUGCAUGGGGAGCUGCCACAGCUUUUGGACCUGCAUUUAUGAUAAUGAUGGAAAAAACGAAUCCUCAAUUUCCGUCGAAAGGGCUUAACAUUGGACUUAGAUAUGCAGCUGGAUUUGGAGCAAUGGCAGGAUUUUUAUUAGCUUACCAACGAAUUAGAUUUUGGGGAUGGGAAGAAAAUUCAAAAGAGUUUGAAAAAGAUAAACAGGAAAUGACAAAACGAUUAAGGGAAGGAAAGGCUUUGUAUGGUAAUUCUGAAUUAAGUCAAUAUAAUCAAAAAGCAGCUGCAUGGAAUUCAAGAUAUGCUGCUUUAAAAUUUGCCGCAAUUCCAUGGUUUAAUUUUGCCAAUCAUAAUUACCACGAUUAA